AUGGCCUCUAUCUUAUCAUGGUUCAGGGGCAAGGGGGAAAAAAGAAAAUCGCAGGCUGGCUUGGGAACUACUCCCUCGGAAUCACCCAACCUCCCACAUUCUGCGGCGAGACUCCAGGAUGACUCGAGCGCACGCGCAACUUGUGCUUUUGUUGGGGCACCUGUCGACGGCCAAUCCCCGAAGCAGACCUCCAGUGUGCACAAGAGCAUGGAAAACCCAGAACUUCCCAUAGAUUCAACUCUCAAGACGGGGGAAUCUUUAAACGUUUCGGCAGAAGCUCCGAAACAGAUGUCUCUGCACAACGACGACGCGGUGGGAGAACCCGGUGAACAGCAAGGCUCAGCAACUCGGAUCCCACCAUCAAAUAUCGGUCCCGAUGCUCGUCCCAGCACGCCUGAUGAGAAUGACCGCUCACACAUUUUGCGUAGUCACUGGAACCAACUCAAUGGCAUCGUGGACUCUCUCACCAGCCGCCUCAUCACAGCCCACGACCUAAGAGGAGAAUCUGUUCGAAAGAGCGAUGCGGUUCUCGCCACAGUCGACUCCAUCCUGGCUACAGGAGGGGACAAUCUUCUGCAAGAACUCCGAGAGUCUCUACUCGGACUCAAGCAGGUCACGACCAAAGUGAAGGAACAAGAUCUUAUAUUGAUUCAGCAAAGUUACCAGAUUGUCAAGCAGGGUUCAGAUAUCUUUGGUCCCGCAGCUGCGACUUCUUUUCAAGUUCUGGAUAACCAAGGAGUUGUUGUGCGACGACGGCAAAGUUCUACAGAGGAAUCUAUACCUGACGACGAUAUUCGACUCGACGAGACCCCAGAGGCCCAACGUUAUCUCUCCAAAAAGGGCGAUGUGGAUAUGCUGCGGGAUAUAUUGAUGAACCUGGACGUGCAGCGGAUGAUGUUGUUUGACGCGAAUGAAGAACCCGACGUCAUUGAAGACUUUGAGGUGAAAUACAAGCAAGUGUUGGACGAAAUGAGGGAGGCCCAAGAGGAAUUGGACAAGUUGUACGAAGAACUGCCGGAGAGGAGGGUGAGCAUUUCCCAAGAACAAUUUUCGGAAAUGGACCAGGACGUUACCAGCCAGAGCUAUAUCGAUCACGCGGAGACUGGCAGUGCCUCAGGGUCUCAGCCUCGGCCAGAACUUCCGGCCAACACUCUAUCCCACCUUCUCGAAAGCACCGAAGCGGACAGUCGCGAUGAAUCCACGACACUCGUCAAGGCCUACCUGGACUAUCAGCUGCAGCGGUUGGCUCGAGAGGAGCCAAACGUGUCCGAACCAGCUGCAAAUGCUAGACAACAAGGCGAUAAAGCUUAG